UGUAUGUAUAUAUACACCAAGGUAUAUUUAAAAAUAUCGAAUGCAUCGGCAUGUUGUGUACCGGGAGAUUUAACCUCUUUCGUCUCGUGUGACUCAAAACGCUUUUAACUUAAAAGAGAGCUUUUGUAGACAUCGAGUUGUUAAAGCAAAGAUUAGAAAAUGAAGGAGGAAAAUCAAGAAAAGAAGCAAGUGAAAAAAGAAAGGCCUCCGCAGAUGGUUUUAGGAGAACAUAACAUACCAAAUGCUUUCGAAUUCAUGGGUUAUGUACGUAAUGAAGCAGAUAAAAACGCACUACCGUUGGAAAAAUUUCAGAAGACAAUGAGGAUAGAAGUAGUGCAAGACAAGGAUAAUGUGUUAGAAUUUGAUAUGAUUGGUUGUUCAAGUGCAUUGGUCAAUGCUUUUCGUAGGAUACUUUUGAGCGAAGUGCCAAGCAUGGCUAUUGAGAAAGUUUAUGUUAUAAAUAAUACCAGUGUGGUCCAAGAUGAAGUACUUGCACAUAGGUUGGGCCUUAUACCUUUGCGGGCAGAUCCUCGAUUGUUUGAGUAUCCACCGAGCAAUGGCAGGAAGGAUGAUGAAGUCAGUGAUCAGGAUACUCUCAGAUACGAAUUAAAAGUCGCAUGUACAAAAAAUCCACAAAAAUCGCAGGACUCUCAGUUACCAGAAGAAAUUUACAAAAACAGCAGUGUUUACAGCAAAGAUAUCAAAUGGGUGCCGAUAGGCCGGCAAGCAGAGAUGUUUCCAAAUGGAGCAGAACAACUGGGCGUAUUAGAAAACGAUAUAUUGAUAUCUAAGAUGCGUCCUGGCCAUGAGAUUCACGUGUACAUGCACGCGUUUAAAGGCAUCAGCAAAGAUCACGCAAAAUACUCUCCCUUGUCCAUCGCGACGUAUCGUCUCUUGCCAAACAUCGAGUUGCUUACGCCUGUAACAGGCAAGAAAGCGGAUCUUUUAAAAAGUUGCUUCAGCCCAGGCGUGAUUGAGGUAGUCGAACGAAAGACUGAAGAAGGUGAGAGCGUACGCGAAGCACUAGUGAAGAGCGCUCGCUACGACUACUGUUCCAGGAAUGUCUUUCGCUACCCUGAACUCAAGGAUUGUGUGAAACUAACUCGGGUACCGGAUCAUUUUAUCUUCACUGUAGAAACUCUGGGAGCGUUACCGUCGGCUGUGCUAUUCAAAGAAGCUGUUAAAGUACUCAAGACCAAAUGCAUAACAUUCAUCGACGAGUUACAGAAUUUAGGAGAAUAAAUGUAUACCAUAGUAACAUAGGUUCUUUUAUAAUAUAAACAUGUAUGUGUGGGUACAUGCAUACAUAUAUAGAUAUGCAAGUGUACAAAUA